UGGUACAUUCCACAAUACCUAUAUAUCUGAACAGUCCCUUUAGCUGAACAAUGACGACAUUUAAUUUUUAAAUUCAUCUGUGAUCUAUUUGUGUUCAGAACUUGAGUUUAAGAUACAUAUAUUGGGGUUGUGAGAUAUGAAAAAUAUCAGAGAUAAGAUUCAACAGUUGACAACAGGGAAGGAUGAUAACAUGAGAAAAAUUAUAUUUGCAAUUUCCGUCCUACCCCUGGUUCUGGCAGGCUGUGGAUACGAGUCAUGUCCUCAGGUUUCCUCCGAUCCAAAUAUUCUGAACGUUCAUCUAGUUCCUCAUAGUCACGAUGAUGUUGGCUGGUUGAAGACUGUGGAUCAGUAUUAUCUGGGAGCAAACAGAGAUGGUUGGUAUGGCUGGGAGGAGGUACAGAGAGCAGGGGUUCAGUAUACCCUGGAUACGGUUGUAACAGAGCUAUACUAUAAUUUGGAGCGGAAGUAUAUCCAGGUAGAGACGGCAUAUUUCUGGAGAUGGUGGAACCAACAGGAUCAAGAAACCAAGGAGAUUGUCCACCUUCUCGUCCAGGAAGGCCAACUUGAGUUUAUCGGUGGUGGCUGGUCGAUGAAUGACGAGGGAGCUGCGCACUAUGCCGCAAUAGUUGACCAAAUGUCAUUAGGUUUGAGAAUUUUGAAUGAUACAUUUGGGGAGUGCGGAAGGCCCAGGGUUGCCUGGCAAAUAGAUCCGUUUGGACAUUCUAAGGAACAAGCUAGCUUGUUUGCAAAUAUGGGAUUUGAUGGUCUCUUCUUUGGUCGCCUGGACUGGAGGGACAAAACCAGACGAGAAAAUGAGCUUGAAAUGGAGAUGGUCUGGAAGUCAAGUCAAGAUCUUGGACUGAAUUCUGAUUUGUUUACUGGUGUUCUAUUUAACAACUAUGGUCCUCCUGAUGGGUUCUGCUGGGAUCUACUUUGCAAUGAUGAACCUCUCAUGGAUCAUCCUCUUCUAGAGAAUAAUAUAGAUGAAAGAAUGGAGAAGUUCUCCGAGUAUGUUCUCAAGCAGGCCAAAUAUUAUAAAUCAAACAACAUAGUGCUAACAAUGGGAAUGGAUUUCCACUAUCAGGCUGCUCACUCUUGGUUCAUGAACCUGGAUGUGCUAAUCAAACACGGGAACGGGUUCAAGGUUGGGGAACGUGAGCUCAAUGUGUUCUACUCGACUCCGUCCUGCUAUCUCCAGUCCCUCCUAGACUCUGGAAUCAGCUGGCCGACGAAAACCGACGAUUUUUUCCCUUACGCCAGUGAUCCUCACGCAUACUGGUCUGGAUAUUUUAGUUCUAGACCUACUUCUAAAGGAAUGAUCAGAGAUGCGGAGAGAGCUUUGAAGAUUCUUACUCAGCUCGCAUUCUUUACUAAACAAUCCAGAGAAAAGACCUUGACACUGGAGAAGUUGAAGCAAACUGUUGGAGUAAUCCAACAUCAUGACGCUGUUACGGGGACGGAGAAACAACAUGUUACAGACGACUACCAUCGUAGAAUCCAUCUUGCUCUAGAGGAAUCAUUCUCUGUAUUCUCCCUGGAACAGAAUAUUAACAUCUGCAACAUGCUAAAUAUCAGCCAGUGCUUGGUCUCGGAGAACCUGGAGGAUAAUCUAGCAAUAUCUGUAUACAAUCCUCUCUCAAGGGAUAGGACGAUAAAUAUCAGGAUACCAAUAGCAGAGGAUGGAACCUAUACUCUGCAGGAUGAGAUCGCUGAGUUGAUUCCGACCCAGAUUCUGCCAAUACCGGAGCAUGUUCUUAGUAUCCCCGGGAGAAACAGCUAUGCCAAGUUUGAACUUGUUGCAACAGUUGAAAACAUUCCUCCUCUUGGAUUCACCAAUUUGAUUCUCACAAAAACUGCGAGAAAUCCUCCAAAACCUGUUAAGAAAAGAAAGACGACCUUAUUCAAAUUAUCAAAUAAUAAGGUUCAACUUGUUUACAAACACAAGAAAAACCGGUUCUGCUUGACAGAUAAGAUGACCGGUAAAGAAUCUAAUUUUGACCUGGAUAUCAUGUAUUAUGUCGGGCAUAGAGGUAACAACUCAGAGUUUGAGUUUAGAGCCUCCGGGGCGUAUAUUUUCCGUCCGGAUGGAGACAAUCCCAUCUCCUUCGGUCCACCCGUCUCCGUGGAGGAGUACCCAGGGGAGCUGGUGGACGAACUACACUUCAAGUACGAGGAGGAGUGGGUCAAUAUUAUCAUCAGAACCUACAAGACCGAACCAUUGAUAGAGAUUGACUGGACCGUUGGUCCGAUCCCUGUCUCCGAUGGGAUCGGGAAAGAAGUGAUCAUCCGCUAUUCUACUGAUAUAGAAAACAACGGAGAAUUUUUUACAGAUUCUAACGGCCGGCAACUUCUCAGCAGAAUCCGGGAUUAUCGUCCAACCUUUGAGAUUAAUAUGACGGAACCUACAGCGCAGAAUUAUUAUCCUGUAAACUCAAAGAUACUCAUCCGAGACGAAGCAGGAUCGGAGCUAGGAGUGUUGGUUGACAGAUCUCAGGGUGGAGGGAGUAUACAAGACGGGUCUGUUGAGCUCAUGGUCCACAGGCGUCUACUAGACGACGAUGCUUUCGGAGUAGGAGAAGCUCUCAACGAGACAGAAUUCGGUGUUGGUUUAGUUGCACGUGGGAAACACUGGGUUCUACGCAACUCUGAACCUGAGGUUGCAACAGCAGAACAUAGACUCCGGGCUAUGGAGUUGUUCUAUCAACCACUUCUGAUCUUCAACUCCCAGAUAUCUCCGGAGAUAAGUUUGAACACCUCAGUACCGGAGAACCUACAUAUUCUAAGCCUGGAGCGGAUAUUUCCCGGGUUCGAUCCCGAGGGAGAAUAUUUGUUGCUCCGGGUUGAGCACAUCUUCCAGGUCGAUGAGCAUCCUAUCUACUCUCAGAGCACAACUCUCAACAUUAGGACACUGUUCUCCGGUCUUGUGAUUGACUGGGUGGAGGAAACAGGACUAGCAGGAAACAUCUGGAAGGAUGAUAUCUCCAGGUUCAGCUUUCAACACGAGAACAAUUAUAUCCCGGUCUACCUGGAGAACACGAGAAGAGAGAAGGAUGGAUUAGAGUUUGUAAUAGAUCCUAUGGAAAUACGAACCUUCAUAGUUAAAUAUAGUUUCUAAGUUUUCCAAUAUUAAUCGUCAACAUUUUCUAAAACUCAAUUAAUGGUACAACAAGUUCGUAUGUUCGAAAUAUGUGCAUAUUAGAUUAAAUAA